AUGAAGCUUACUAAAGGCUUGUCCUUUUUGCUCGCGCUGGUCGCGACGGCUGAUACUACGCCUGGCUUAAGGGCAAGAGACAGCGAAAACCAAAAGCGGCGGAGCAACAAUGAUCGUGGUCAUUCCAUCUCCUCCCAGCACUUGAAACAAGAAAGUCCAUUGUCAAAAUCUGAAAGGACAGGAGAUGCAGCAAUGUCGACAGAGUCCAGUACUGCUGGAACCAAGAAUGGUGCCAGCGACUCUGAGGUUUUGGGUCAAGAACACCGGGCCUCAUGGGCAAACAACACUGAAAUUGGAAAGAAGGAAAAUGAGGGCAGCAAUGUGAUGCAACAACAGCAGCAACGUCGAUUAGACUUGGGACAGGAUAUGGGAGAUGGUGCCGUUUCGUUGCUGGAUGAUGCGGCACUACUAGUCUUAGGUGACGCAGUGCCUUUCAAGACAUGUGAUGCUCCAAACCAACAAAGAGGGGUUGUUCCAGAUGGCUUUCUUGACCCAUUAUCUGGCUGCUAUAAUUCACUUGCAGGGCCAGUUCAAGUCCUCAGAAGAAUGAUUGAGGCACUUACUGGUCCACUCGGUGAUGAACCGAUUGUUAAGGAAUUGCUAGAUUUGGUUUUCGCACCCGUGGAAGAAGUGAUGAAAGAGCUGUCCAGUCUUAUACCGGCAACAGGCACUAUCUGUGCUGGUGACUUUUCUGUCAUGAAGGUCACUGCUCCCAAGGGGGACAUGGUUGGAACCUGUGAAGGCAUGCCUUUGUCCAGUGCGAACAAGGGCGAGUGGGCCAUUUUUGGUGGAGAACUCGUCUUGUCACCAGAAGUCUCAACUGCAGUAUGCCAAAUUACCACCACCUUAGAGUUUUCCUUUUGUAUGGGAGUUUCCGUUUGUGACAUUCUUCCAUCAGUGGCGUUCUUCAUGGAUGGUGGGCUCAUGACAUGCAUUCUCAAUUAUAUUGGAAAGGGACUCCAAACUAUUACAGCUGGAGGUGGAGCUGCGGCGGCCACUGGAGUCGGGGCUGUUGUUGCUGGUGUUGCUGGAGCGGCUGCAGUUGUAAUUGAAUAUGUCAAAUGGGCAAUUGCAGUUGGGUUUGAGCAUGCAGGAUUUGGAUUCUCGCUCAGCAAUGCAUUUGAAAUCCCGAUGGCUCUAUUCAACGGUGAAAAGCUUUUCCAUUAUGUGGCAAGACCAACAACAUUCGAAAAGAUUUCAAUCUCAGUCCAAUCUGGGACCAUUCACCCACAACUGAAAGAUUGGUUUCAAAUUGAUGGGGACGUCAUUCAUGGCACCACUAUGCUAAUGCCCAAUGGAGAACCUGUCAGUACACAGCUGUUUGAUAAGGGCCUUGCCGAUUUUGACCGAGCACUGAAAAACCACGUCGAGAAACAGUUCGACAAUUUUCAAGUCCAUAAUGUAUUUCAGGGAAAGUGCCGGUUGGCCCUCAACUUCCGCAACAUACCCGUAAUUGGAGCCCUGUUCCCUCAAUUCGAUUUUGAGUUUGGUCGAGCUUCUGUUUUCACCUCAACUGGGUCAGCACCAGUCAUUCUUCAAGAUGGCAGUCAGCAAAAGGUUUACCCUGGGAUGUCAGCUUUUAUUGGACAGACUGGAAAUGAGGGUGCACUCUUUGAUGCGGUGAAAAAACUAGUGCUGAGCAUGGGAGGAAUCAUUGACCAAGUUAUCGAUGAACACUUUCCUAUUGCAAACUUACUGGGCGAAAACUUGGCUACCAGUGUGGUUGAAAUGAUACUUGGGAAAAUGGAUCUUGACAGAGUUGCAUCGGACAACUCUAACAAAUACUAUGGAAUUGCUGUGACAAUGAAUGUGGAAUACGUUGGAUUCAUGGUUCAAGUGCCCAUGUUGCUGGGAGAGUCAUUGGACGAUCCUAUCACGGACUUUAUCUUGAAAUGCGGUUCAGACUAUGAGACGUUUGGAUGUGAAAUUACAAUGGACAACAUGAACGCAUUUAUUGCAGCAGUUGCUGAAGAAGUUGCAGGUGGUUUACUGUGGGUCUUCCAAAAAACUGCUGAGUUUUUAAAACUUGAUGAAGCUGCUGAAAUCAUUGGAACUGCCUUCGAGAAGGCAGGUGAGCAGAUAAAAGAUGUUUUCUCGAAAGACAAUAUUGAGGACACCAUAAAAGACAUUGUGGAUGGCAAGCUAGAUGUUGAUGAAAAGUUCCAGGAGCUUGCAUCCAUUGGAUAUGCGGCGUUCUCAGCUCUGUGUAAGGAUGCAGAACGUUGCAAGCCUGACGGGGAAGCCUGCUUUGGAGAUCCACUUGGACUCAAGCCUAAGCAAGGUACUUGUUGUGACUGUUGCCAUGACGACACCUUUUGGGCCGGGCCUACCAAACCCCUGUCCUUACCGGGUAGGGCAUGUGGAACUGAACCAUGGUGGAAGGAUGGCAGGAUGUGCAUACCAGGUAUCAGCUGCCACAUGUGCCAGAAUGGUGACAAUCAAUGGGACAGCGUUCCUGAUUUGCUCGGUUUGCCCGGGAGGGCCUGUGGCCAAGAGCCAUGCACACCUGAUGGAAUGGCUUGCUUUGGACCCUCUUGCAAGAGGUGCUGCAGUGGAACAAACAUGUUUGCCAAGUGUGGCAAGCAAGGAUGCUUAGGUGAUGGUACUGUGUGCCUAAUUGGUACUACUUGCUUUGAUUGCUGCAAUGGAGAUAGUUGGUGGUGGUCAAAGGGACUGGGGUCUCAGGCUUGUGGAACAGAACCCAAGUGGGGUGAUGGGCAACCAUGCGUGAAAGGAAUCAGUUGUCACAUGUGCUCAAGUGGUCAUAGCACCUAUUGGAUGAAUCCACCUGGUUCAUUCUUACCUGCUGAAGCAUGUGGAAAAGAGCCCUGUUGGCCAGAUGGUAAAAACUGUGUCAAUGGGAUUAGUUGCCACCAAUGCUGCAGCAAAAAUAACAUGGAGUUCAAAUGUGGCAAGCAAGGAUGCUGGGGAGAUGGUAGACCCUGCCUUUUUGGAGGUUGCAAGAACUGCUGCAGCCAUGAGAACUCUUGGUGGGAUGAUAAGGUGGCCAAUGCCUGUGGCAAACAGCCAUGCUGGGGAGGCGGAAGAGAAUGUGGUUUGGCUUGUGGAAGGUGCUGUGGUGGUUCCCAUGAACGCAAGCAAGGAUUUUGGGAUCUCUUCCCCAAACGGUAUUGCAACUAA